AUGUCCACAUUCGGUAUCAACUAUCGAGUCUCUACGUUCGGCGAGUCACACUGCAAGGCGGUAGGAUGCAUUGUGGAAGGAAUGCCGCCAGGCGUGUCUCUGAACGAGAGCGACAUCCAGGUACAGCUUAAUCGACGACGCCCUGGCCAAAGUUCGCUCACGACGCCUCGUGAUGAGAAGGACAAGGUCGAGAUUCUUUCAGGUACCGAAAAGGGUGUCACUCUUGGGACCCCUAUUGCUAUGAUGGUACGAAAUAAUGACCAGCGCCCGCAUGACUACACGGACGAAAAGCUGGACGCUAUUCCUAGACCUAGCCACGCUGACUUUACGUAUCUGGAAAAAUACAAUAUCAAGGCCAGUAGUGGCGGCGGACGAAGCAGUGCGCGUGAGACUAUUGGACGUGUCGCUGCGGGGGCACUAGCAGAAAAAUAUCUUAAGGAGACGCUUAACAUUGAUAUUGUUGCGUUUGUCUCGUCCGUGGGGCACGUUGAAAUACCUUCGUACGACACCAACAACGAAGAGAUGCCACUCAGGACAGAAUAUCUCAACCUUCUCAAUUCUGUAACGCGUGAGAUUGUGGACAAAGAAAACGUGCGCUGUCCAGACGCUGACGUGGCCGAGAAAAUGCGCGAGCGUAUCAUGGCUGCUAAAGCCAAGAACGACUCUAUAGGCGGCACAGUAACGUGUGUUAUCCGCAAUGUGCCCGUCGGACUUGGUGAGCCGUGUUUUGACAAGAUGGAAUCCAAAAUUGCCCAGGCCAUGAUGAGUAUACCCGCCACCAAGGGUAUUGAGAUUGGCUCCGGAUUCCGGGGUACUUGUAUUCCAGGCAGUAAGCACAAUGAUCCGUUCGUGAGAAAACAGGAUGGGACACUAGGCACCUCGACGAAUUGGAGCGGCGGCAUUCAAGGCGGUAUUACGAAUGGCGAGAAUAUCUACUUCCGCAUCGCGUUUAAGCCGCCGGCCACAAUCUCACAGGAACAGGUGACUGCUCGUUACGAUGGCGAACAGGCCGUGCUUGAGAAUAGGGGCCGUCACGAUCCAUGUGUCGUUCCACGUGCCGUGCCUAUUGUGGAAUCUAUGGCCGCUAUUGUGCUCAUGGAUAUGUUCCUCACACAGUCAGGCCGCAAGGCUGCAGCUGAUAGGGUUGAUCCAGCAGCUGUGCAGGCUCUGCCCAACAGUAUGAAGAAGCGCAAAUAUUCGAGCACUCAGAGCGCAUAA